AUGUACACAUCCAUUGAUGUUCACUUUUCUCUGCAAAUGAUAUUUCAAAUACAUAUUGUACAUACAGCUGUGUUGAAUGUGCAUGCUACUUUUAUCUUUUUCUCCAAUACUACCUACUAUGGCCCGUCAAAAUAUACAUUGGCCUUACAAUUCCAAACAUUUAAUGAACUGUGUAACUCUGAAGGGGUUAAAAAGAAAAAAGACAGAUGCUUUUCAAAUGUCAAUGCAUCUAUUGUUUUUAAAUUGUUGAAUUUUACUGAGUGUUGUCUUGAGAAUUGUAUACUUUAUGUGCCGUGCCCUUCAGAAAAUGUAGAAUUUGCUUUUAAUAAAUAAAAUACAAACUUGUAAAAAGUGGAAUCCAGCAUUGAGGGUGUGAAAAUAGGGCAUGUCAAAGAAGAAUAUAAAACUGAGGGAUUCAAAAUGUAUAUUUCCUCUUUGCCUACUGAUUUUACUAUCUCUGCAAUCCACUUUCAAAAAACUACUGUGAAAAACAUGAUAUUUGUUAUUCUGGUAAAAUCUUGUACAUAAUAAGUUUUUAGUUGGGUGACAGGUGCCAGCCAAGUCUUUAAACAAGUAGUAUAUUCAAUCGUAUGCAAAAAUACAUUCUUGUAUAUCACAGGUAUUAUGAUAGAUGUAUUUUAAAAAGGUUUUUUAAAAAAGAUGUACUUUUAAACAAAAGUUUUUAAGCUAGGGAUUUUAUCUGCAUGAUAUAAUGUUAUGAUGAAAAAUGUCAAAAUAGUACGUGAAUGGUAUGAAAUAAAAAUGUAUUUGAAAUUGUGGCCAUUUCCCCUUGAUGUGUUUU